AUGGAUUAUGCGUGCGCGCGCUCCCAUCAGCAUGACAAGAAUCGAGUUGAGAGGGCGCGCGGCAGACAAAUGGCAAUUUUAGUCAUUUUGUUGUUUUUUGUUGCGCUUCUUCCAUAUGUGCUCACAGCACACUUGGCCGUCAUAUCCCCCCAGGAUCCAGUGCUUCAUAUCGGCUCGAGUUUGACUGCGGUGUGCACCAUUAGCGCCGAGCUGGAAAUAACAGCUAGAUCCUUGUACUGGACGCUGAAUGGAAAACGCUUGGCUAGAAACACUUAUAAGGUCCUUAGCCCGACCGAAUCCAGCGUCACACUCCAUCAACUCAAUGGCUCCUUGCAGCGGUCAGGAGACAACCUGGUUUGCCACCGAAGCAAUGGAGAAGUGUUGGCUGGAUCAUGUCUUUAUGUUGGCUCGCCCCCUGAGAAACCUGUCAACCUGACAUGUUGGUCACGAAACACCAAGGAUCUCAGCUGCAGAUGGAGUCCGGGAAGUCAAGGAGAGACAUUCAUCAACACCAGAUACAUCCUCAAGUACAAACUAAAAUGGUACGGUAAAGAGAAAGACUGUGAGGACUACACAGGACAGAUGUAUACAUGCUACGUUCCUCGCGACCUUGCCAUUUUUACACCAUAUGAAGUUUGGGUGGAGGCGUCCAAUCAGCUCGGCUCUGCCGCUUCUGAUGUCAUCACCUUAGACAUUUUAGAUGUAGUAACUACAGAUCCGCCUCCUGAUGUCCUUGUGAGCCGCGUUGGAGAUCUGGAAGAUCAGUUAAGUGUACGUUGGGGCAGUUCUCCUGCCCUGAAAGACUACCUGUUUCAGGCCAAAUAUCAGAUACGAUACCGUGUGGAGGAGAGCAACGAAUGGAAGGUCAUAGAUGAUGCUGGGAACCAGACAUCUUGUCGGUUAGCGGGUCUCAGGGCCGGUACAGUGUAUUUCGUCCAGGUACGCUGCAACCCGAUAGGCAUCUACGGCUCGAAGAAAGCAGGUAUUUGGAGCGACUGGAGCCACUCGACCGCCGCGUCGACACCUGGCAUUGACAGGUCACAUAUUGGCUCGUGUGAUUCGAAGCCCAGCGAGCACAACUCAACGCUACGAAAGGAGCUUAAGCAGUUUUUCGGCUGGAUGCGCAAACACUCUUAUGGCUGUACGGACGUCAGCAUUAAACUCUACGACCAAUGGCGCGUCUGGCUGCAGAAAGCCCAGAAAACGCACGACCAGGUACUACAAAGCGGUAAAUCAUAGUGAAACUCUAAAGAAGGCUUGGGAGAGUUUGCGGGGGCCUGCGACGACAAGGUUUUUAUCACUCUCCAGUGCUUGGGACUUUCAUUUGGAUGAGCCAAGACUCUCCGAAGGGAUCUGCAAGGAGCCUGUCGUUUGGUGACAUGAUCUACUGUUUGCCUCCUGCUGUAGUCCCCAUCAAAUACGUCAAAGGAAGCGCUUUUGUCUCAGACAUGUUAUUUAUAAGGGCAUUAAAACAAAGAGAGAAUAUAAAAUGUUUUAAAAAAGGAGAUAAUGGGGGAUUCUCUCAUUCUUAUUGACCUUUCAUCCAAAAAAAAGGACCUUUGCAACUCAACAAGUGGAUCGAAAAUGACAAAAACUGA